AAUGGAUGAACAGAUCAUCUUAAAAGUAAUUUGAAAAAAUGGCUCAGAUUGCUGAGAUCUCAGAGCAGGUGCAGCUUAAGUGUUGUGGUAAAAAAUUCUAUGACUUCUUUGAGAACAAAAUGGACCAUUUACCCCGAUUGUUCCCUCAAUAUUUUGAGAGCUAUAAGUUGGUAGAAGGAAAUAGUUUAACUCAUGGCGGCGUCUCCAUUUGGAAAAACAACUUCGGUUUCGGCUCAAUUGAAGUAAAGAUGAAGUUACUUGUGGAUGAGCCCAACAAAACAAUCAUCUACGAAUGUCUUGAAGGAGAUUUGUUCAAAGAUUUUGAUAUGUUCAAUGUGAAAAUUAAAGUCAAUGAUUGUGGAAACAAUGGCAACAGCUCAGUUAAUUGGUGUUUGGAGUACGUGAAGGCAAAUCAAAAUGUGGAUCCACCAAAUAACUAUCUCCAGUUUGGACUUAAACUAAGCAAAUAUUUGGAUGCCUUCCUUUGCAACAAUUAAACUGAGAAAAUAAUCAUAUAAUAUAUCACCACUUGGUAUUGGUUCUUGAAAUUAAUACCUCUAAAUAAGAUCUGCUGUCUCUCUUAAUAACCUCCAUUCUUGUGUGAUGAAAAAAAUCAAUAAAUAUUUGGUAUGCCUUAGUUGUCA